UCGUUGUCGUCCUCGUCCUCGUCCUCGCCGUCGUCCUCUUCGUCGUCGUCGUGGUCGUCGUCAUCGUCGUCGUCAUCGUCGUCGUCGUUUUCAUCCUCGUCCUCGUCGUCGUCGUCGUCGUGGUCGUCGUGCUCGUCGUCGUCGUCGUCGUCGUCGUUGUCGUGUUCGUCGUCGUCGCCCUAAUCCCAUCCACAUAUUUCCCAUGUCAUCCGUGACCUUCCUGAUGCACGCGCAGGCGCGGUCUUCCAGGAAUGGCUCAGCUCCGACGAGAGUACCCAGAAUGCUCGAGGGUGGAACCCACCACCGCUAUUCCUCGUGCAGCAAUGGGAUGCGGCGCACAAGGCGGAUGCCAAACGUACCCGAGCAGCCGCCAAGAAGGCGCCCACGUGGGUGUUCCCAGACGGGUCCGACGGCGUGCCUCCCGGGCCCGCAGCAGGCGCCCCUGCGCCAGAGCCGCGCCUACCUGGCCCCAACACCUCCGCUUCUCGACCCGGCGGAUUCCAAGCAUCCUGGUCGUCCUUGUCCGCGAGGAAACAGGGUCUCCUGAGCAAGGAGUGGAGGGAGGCGGAGGCCACCGAAGAGGCCACUGCACGUGCUCACGAAGAGGACCCUGCCAUGAUUGUCAGGCGUGCUUCUCUGGCAUGGCUGCGCUCUAAGGGAUGGGGCGUGCGGAACUUGCACGACGCGGUGGUGGCUCUCGGAUUGGCGUUGCCAGGCAGGCUCACGCCGAUGUCGUACGUCACGUUGUUGCGGUCUGCUUGCGCCGACCCCGACAUCAUGAAACAACCUGGCGGCAGCUUCCCGGUGCCUGCGCUCAAGGCAACGCUUGCAAGCCUCGGCCUGGGAAUGACUGGCAGGAAGGCUCAGCUGGUGGAGCGGCUCGUCAACGCCCUCCGCGAGGUCGGCGCGCCGCCAGGGGAGCCGCCCGCCGACGACGGGGGCUGUGACGGGGAGGAGCUCCAAGUGGAGACCGACAUCGCCAACACCUCCAAGGUGCGCGCUUUCGCGGCCAGGGCCGAUGCAGCGUGGCAGGAGCACAGCAGCGACGGAGCUCAGGUGCUGCUGGAUGCGCUGGAAGACUUCGUUGAUGGAGAGGAGGCGGAUGUCCGGGCUGAGCAGGAGGCCCUUCUCCAAUUGAACGCCGGCGUGAAUCCACCUGAUGUCCUGCUCGAGUCCGCGUGCCCUGCUGGCCUCGCGCGAAUCUCCCAGCAGGACGCUGCAGGGGUAAUCGCCCGGAGCGCUGCGUCAAUGCAUGCGUCUGCCCAAGCGGCGGGCCAGCAGGAACGGCGAGCAGAUCGCCUCGAUCCAACGCAACGUUGCGUGCACGAUCGAGUGCUGCAGUGGGCGCAGGCAGGUGCGACGGACCCCUUGCGCGUCCUGUUGCUGGGCACAGCCGGCACUGGCAAGUCGGAGGUUGUCAAGGCAAUCGUGGCAUCACUCGAAUCCUGCUUGGGCACGGGGUCAGUGAUCCGGUGCGCUCAUACAGGGGUUGCGGCUUUCAACAUGGGGGCCGGGGCAGAGACUAUCAACUCGGUGUUCAAUCUGGGGAGCGCCAUGGCGGACACGGCUUCAAUUGACGCCCUGGUGGACAAAUUGGCGCUGGCAAGGCUUCUCAUCAUUGACGAGAUCUCCAUGGUCGGCUCCGAAAAAUUCUUCCAGGUAUCCGACCGCCUCGACCUUGUCACGCGCGUCCUACGUGAACGGCGACGGCGAGCUGCGGGCGCCUCGAACGGCGACGGCGCGCCCCAGGCGCACGGCUUCGGGGCCUUGGGUGUACUCCUCGUCGGUGAUUUCGGCCAGGUGCCGCCCAUUGGGGACGCAUCGCUCCUCCUGUCAGCUAAAGGGCAGUCCCGCCGGGCUGCGGCGGGGCAGAGGCUCUUCCGUUCCUUCACUGACGUUGUCCGGCUGCGGCGCAUUUAUCGCCAGAAAGGGCCCAGCCCUUACAAGGAUUCCACGCUCCGCCUGCGGGAUGGAGCAAUGACGCUGCAUGAUUACUCGCUGUGGUGCGGGCACGAUGUCAGCGCUGUCCCCCACGACCGCCCUCUGCGUCGCGCCUUGGAGACGGACGCGCUGUGGCUCACGACAGAGAACAAGAAAGUUGGAGAGCGCAAUGGCGCCAAGCUGGCGCGUCACUCCGAGGCCAACGGCGCCCCGGUAUUCGCGUUCGACGCUGUUCACAGCGACCCUCGAGCAGAGAAGCGACCGCCAGAUGAGUUUUACCAGCUUCGCACGAAGGUUCAUUUAUCCGUCGGUGCCCCAGUUCUGCUGACAUCUAACCUGCUCUGGGAGCUCCGGGUGGUGCGCUUCGGCUUGAUGAACGGGGCCCGCGGCAGAGUUGUCGGCAUUGUGAUGGACGCCGCCCCCCCUGCGUUGCCGGCGUACGUGGUCGUCGACUUCCCAGAGUACUGCGGGGCUCCUUUCUGGCCAGAACACCCGACGUGGGUUCCUGUCCCACCCAUCCGGCGCCAGAGCAAAAAGGCGCGCAGCUUGGAGAGAGUUCAGCUUCCACUGCGGCUGUCGUGGUCCCUGACUGUCCACAAGGCGCAGGGCCUCACGUGCCCGUCUGGCGUAUGCCUGGACCUCUCCACCAGCGGGCCCCGCUCCGCUGCGGCGUCUCCAGGCCCCCGGGCCCGCGCUGAUAGAAAGAGCCACCAUCGACGUUGCCUGUCUUCGGACGCCUCCGAUGGGGAAGUCCUCGGCGGGCCGCUGGGGGCAGACACGGUCCAAUGAGGAACCUCGACUUUACUGCUUCCCCUGCCCCCCCUGGAUCGCGCCAUCGCACAUCCGCCCUCCUGGGGGCAGGCGCAGACCCGGGGCCAGUUUCAAACUCGCCCCGGGUUUGCGCCCGCCCCCGGGAAGGCGGAUGUUCCAUGGCGCCCGGCCACUGCCCGGGCCGCCCGUUUUCGAAGCGUCCCCAGAGGCCUCGCCUUCGUCGGCUUCACGCGCGCCACGGCGUGGGAGACCAUGGGUUUCUGCCGCCUCCCUCCUCUCGCUGUUUCUUGGCCGUGCGGUCCUCCAAGAUGUUCCUCGCGCGGGAAAAAUUCGAGAAGAUUUUCGAUGACCUCCACGAAUCUACCUUGAGGCGGUGGGCGGGCUGGGGCCCGGACGACGAGGUUGCGCAGCAUUUGGUUGCUGUUCCUACUUCCGACGACACGGGCGACAUCGCUGCUAUGCUCAGCCGUCGAGGCGUUUUGCCUGUGUCUCCUGAUGUCCUCGAGUUCGCGCUGUCCCAGACUGCGCUGCAAUGCGCCAGCCUCGCGGAGGUUCUCAAGGCAUUCCAGGGAAAGAAGGCGCUGGGCUGUCAAACUCACACACUCAAUUCUCCAUCCUACUUCUCAAAGGGCUGCUGGCCAGCCCUGGGUGUUUUUUCCAAACGCACGGGGGCGGGGGGCCCGCGCAUGCGCAAUCCUCCAUGCAGAGGUCCUCGUGCGCUACGGGGCCCGGCCUUCCGCUGCACGGCGGCACCCCCUGCGCCAGCAGGAUGCCGCAGCGGGCCCCGCGGCGCCAGCGGCUACAGAGUUGCGCCAUCCUGUCGCCCAGCAACCUGCUCCAGCACAGGCCGGGGGCGAGUCUGACAAGGCUCUUGGUCGGCAGCGCCCCGCAGGCCAGCGCCCGCCCGCUCCGGUGUUCAACGGCUUUUUUGAAAGACAACAAGGGGCCCACUGCGGGAUGCAUGCGCUCAAUAACGCAGUGGGUUUCCCGCUUUUCAACCAGGCCCUCAUGAGGGCGGGCGCCGCCGCGUACGUUGCCCACUCAGCGCUCGACGGGUUGCCGGAACGCCUGAGAAACCACAUUGGUCCAUC